AUCCGUUUACAUGCACGCUCGUUCAGCACUCGCAUCCACAGGGGGUGCCUUGAUUUGACCGACUCUUCUUCGACUGUCACGAAAGCGCAACGUACAACGGCAGCCUUUGCUAUUCAAUAGACCUGUCGUUGAUCGGAAGGCACAUACGAGGCCCCCCCUCCCCUCCCCCUCAAAGACUGUUUGAAAGCGACUGAUUUGUUGAUAGAAACGAUGGCGGAAUCGAGCAGCAGCGCGGCGGCGGCCGGAGCCGCGGGCUCGAAUAGCAGCGCCACCGGGGCCGGAGGAGCCGUCGCGCCCGGGGGAGCGAAUGGAGCAGCGGGAUCCAAGCCUGGCCUGGAAUCAGUGAAGGGACAGAAUUUUGACGUUGGCCCCCGCUACACCGACCUCCAGUACAUCGGGGAGGGGGCCUACGGGAUGGUCUGCUCAGCUUUUGAUCAUGUGAAUAAGAUCCGAGUGGCCAUUAAGAAGAUCAGUCCAUUUGAACACCAGACGUACUGCCAGCGCACCCUAAGGGAGAUCAAAAUCCUUCUGCGGUUCCGCCAUGAGAACAUCAUCGGCAUCAAUGACAUCCUGAGAGCACGCCGCAUUGAAUAUAUGAGAGAUGUCUAUAUCGUACAGGACCUGAUGGAGACCGACCUUUACAAAUUGCUGAAGACACAGCAACUCAGCAACGACCAUAUCUGCUACUUUCUGUACCAGAUCCUGCGAGGGCUGAAAUACAUUCACUCUGCCAAUGUGCUGCACAGAGACCUAAAGCCCUCGAACCUUCUCAUCAACACCACCUGUGACCUCAAGAUCUGUGACUUUGGGCUGGCACGGAUAGCCGACCCAGAGCAUGACCAUACCGGAUUCCUCACAGAGUAUGUGGCUACUCGUUGGUACCGUGCCCCUGAGAUCAUGCUCAACUCCAAGGGCUACACUAAAUCCAUUGAUAUUUGGUCAGUGGGUUGCAUCCUGGCUGAGAUGUUGUCAAACAGACCCAUCUUCCCAGGGAAGCACUAUCUGGACCAACUCAACCACAUAUUGGGUAUUUUGGGCUCCCCUUCUCAAGAUGAUCUCAGUUGCAUCAUCAACAUGAAGGCCAGGAACUACCUCCAGUCUUUACCCCAGAAACCAAAAAUCCCAUGGAACAAACUGUUCCCCAAAGCAGACAACAAAGCUCUGGAUUUGUUGGAUCGUAUGUUAACCUUUAACCCCAUCAAACGUAUAACUGUUGAGGAAGCACUGGCCCACCCCUACCUGGAGCAGUACUAUGACCCCUCUGAUGAGCCAGUGGCUGAAGAACCCUUCACCUUCAACAUGGAGCUGGACGACCUACCUAAAGAGAAGCUGAAAGAGCUCAUCUUUGAGGAGACGGCACGCUUCCAGGCCAACUACCAGGGCUCCUGAGAGGGACAGCCAUCACGGAAAAUGACCUAGCAGUGUGAAGUCUCAGAUUACGAUAACUCCAGGCAACCUGCUAAAACAUAUACAUGCAUAUAUAUAUAUUAAAAAACAAGCUAAAAAUUAUAAAAAAAAAGAGGAAAAAUGAUUUCUUUGAUCUGUCCAUCUCUGUUGCUGGGAAGCUGUGUGCAAGUUUGGGCUUAUAACCUCUUAUCAUAACGCCAUUAACGGGGGCUGUCAGACUCACUAUUCUCAUUGCAUAUCUCACACAGCUCCAACUCUCUGAAACAAUUGCAUCUUUUACCCUUUCUGUCAAUACCCUGUCUAUCUCUCUCUCUCUCUCUCUCUCUGUUUCUAUCCAGCUCUUUCUCUUUGUGUCUCUCUCUCAAGUGUGUCUCUUUACUGGUCUGUGUUGUUCAAGGUGUUUUUUCAUUUCAACAGAUAGAGAAAGUGAAUCUUUUCGAUGGGCACUGACGUGUAUGUGUGUGUGUAAAUAAGUGGUUUUGAGUUUCAUUGGAGUAUUGUAAGUUGGAGAUCUGUUUGUACACUGUAAUUUGAACAUUACGAUCAGUUGCAAAUCGUGUUUUGUAAUGUUGGGAAUUUGGGGAUUUAUAUAUUGAAUAUCUUUUGAAAAUAUAAAGUCAUUGCUUGUUUCUUUUUUUUAAUCCAUUCAAAGACAAAUUAUGUUACAUAAUGAGCUUUGACUUUUUUCUUUUAUCUUAUAUAUUUUUUUCUAUUGUGAAAAAGAGGUCGUUUUGAUUCUUGAUGAUAAAUAUUUCAAGUUAAAGAGAAAUGGCAGGAUACAAAGAGGAAAGAGAGCCAGAUAUGGAAUAGUAUCCCUGUUGUCAUCUGCUGUAAAAUAUCAUGUUCUGUUCUGCAACAUCUGCGCAGAAUCCUCGACUUGCCAAUUUUCUUGGGAAAACUAAGCCAUCUGUAUCAUCUUUUAUAUGCUGGCUUUCUUUUCCUCUUUCUCUACAACCUGUUAGAUUUCUCCUCCACAUUGGUUUAUUUCAUUGAGGUUCUUUGGUGUGCUGACCUUCAUCAUUCAUUCUUUUCCCUUUUUGGGGGGUUGAUACUGAUUUCUUUGUGGAUAACAAUAGUUGUCAUUGGUUACCAUGUCCAUGGCUACUGUUGCCAUGAUUCCUUUCUAAUAAGCCACACAGUUCCCCACAUUCUGGCUUUGUUCUUAGUGCAAACAUUGGUCCCACACUCUGUUAAGACUGUUCUUUCUUUUACAUCAACCUUUUUUCUUCACUUGUCCUGGAUCGUUUGAGGAAUCAUAGCCAAGCGUAAUUCUUUUAGAGCCUUAGCACAUUUUUUCUCAUCCCCUUCCUGUGAUGUCAGAACUUUUCAAAGGGCUUUUCCACAUUGCUUGCUGACCUCAUGCCUCUCUUGCCUGUUAUUGGCUAACCUUGUGUUUAUCUAGUCCCCGAGUGGCUGACUCUGCAUGCAAUGCGUUACAGGUAAAAUCGUGAUUUGCUCCCGCUUGCAAAAAUGACUUUUGCCUCUUAUGUUUUAAGUGAAUAAACCCCACACAGUUUUUAGCAAAAUCCUCAUUGCUUUUGGACAGUCAUGCAUGAGGAAAGCAUGUUCAAGUGGGAAGAGUUAAAAUGGUACAGUGUGUACCUGUUUUGCAUAAAUGCAGGGUGUUUUUUGCAAAAAUCGAUACUUAACCCCCUGUGUAAAACCCCAUUGAGACAAGCCCAGACUGCAGAGCAAGUUCACCUGGUGAAAGCACUUGCACGUCAAUCACUUGACAUUACUCAAUCAGUGCACCUGCACUUUGUUUCAUGACCAGACUUUUUGUUUCCGUAUUUAGUGCAGUUUUGUUCUGUUUCUGUUAUAUCUAUUCCUAUUCCCUUAUAUCUAUUUCUGUCUGUAUGCUUUUGUCCUUAUCUUUUCCUCAGUCCCCCACCCAACUUAUUAGGGUGAAGCAUAACAGACAAUGACUGUCGGUUGUGUCCCAUGUCUAUGUCUGUACAUUUGUCUGUUUCAACCUGAAGCUGCUCUUCUCUGCUUCCCCAUGAGGAGGGGAGUUCAUCCUACUCUGUGACCUGAGGGAAACAAUUCAUUACCAAGGCAAAGGUUAUUUAUAUUACUGUAUUGUCAGCAAUUGCUAAUGAAUGGGACCAUGGGGACUGUCAACAGUCUUAUUACACAGAUACACACUUACACAUACUGUACAUGCAACUGAUAUACCACAUUUACGGAUGUAUUUCACACAUGUAAACCUGCACACAUUCAGUAUAUUAUUUGAAAAGCCUACAAAGGAGGCAUAUAUCUUAAUGUCCUUUUAAUGGCUGUUAUUAUGAUUAUUGCUGGUGUUAUAUUGGUAAGGUUUUUAUUAUUAUUAUAAAAACUGAAAAGGGAUUUCAAACUUUUGUCCUUUUUAAAGUAUGUUUUGCGUUUCUUUCAUUUUAUUGCUUUAGGUGUGAAAAUAAUUGGCUGUUCACUCUUUCUGAAGUCUAUUUUUCCCUGAAUCUUAUAAGGAAUUAUUUUAAAAGAUGAUUAAAACAUAUGGGAUUUUCAAGAGAAAUGAGCUAUGGAUUGUUAUAAUAGAUGGUUGUAUAUGCUUAUGGUUAUAAUAAAUUGAACAAUUAACAAAAACAGAAUUCUAUACAUAUUAAAUAAAAUUCCUGAUACUGUAA